CUCGCCCGCCGCCCCGGCGCGCGCGGCUGGAUCGCGGCCGAAGCCGCCAUUGUUCCGCCGAGGGAGGUCAGGCCGGCCUGGCACUGGCGCCCGGACGCCGCUUAGCGGCCGCCACUGGAGACACUCCCUCCGCCGCCCCCUCCUCCCGGCGGUGGCGGAGCGAGGCUGACGAGGGGGAAGCUGGGAGCCCCCCCGCACCUCCCGGCGGCGUCAACGGCCGAUCCCCGGCUCCGGCGCGAGGGGCGGCUGCGAUGCGCUCGGCCUGAGGCCGUCGGCCCGGCCCUCUCUCACUUCCCUUGAGUCUCCCGCGGCGUCGUGCGCCCCAGCGUCAUCCCUCGAGUCCCUCUGACGGGAGGGAAGAUGGCUGCACGGAGCUGGCAGGACGAGCUGGCCCGACAGGCCGAGGAGGGCUCGGCGCGGCUGCGAGAAAUGCUCUCGGUCGGCCUGGGCUUUCUGCGCACCGAGCUGGGCCUCGACCUGGGGCUGGAGCCGAAGCGGUACCCGGGCUGGGUGAUCCUGGUGGGCACGGGCGCGCUCGGGCUGCUGCUGCUCUGCCUGCUGGGCUACGGCUGGGCCGCGGCGUGCGCCGGCGCCCGCAAGAAGCGGAGGAGCCCGCCCCGCCGGCGGGAGGAGGCGGCCGCGCCGGCCUCGGCCCCCGACGACCUGGCCCUGCUCAAGAGUCUCCGGGGCGACGAGCAGAAGAAGAAGAAUCGCAAGAAAUUGCCCGAGAAGCCCAAACCAAAUGGACGGACUGUUGAAGUGGCUGAGGAAGAAGUUGUCCGAAUUCCUCGAAGUGUAACAGCAAAGCAGCCAUUAGAGACAGAUAAGAAAAAUGAAAAGUCAAAGAAAAAUAAGAAGAAAUCAAAGUCAGAUGCUAAAGCAGUGCAAAACAGUUCACGCCAUGAUGGGAAGGAAGUUGAUGAAGGAGCCUGGGAAACUAAAAUUAGUCACAGAGAAAAACGACAGCAACGUAAACGUGAUAAGGUACAGACUGAUUCUGGUUCAUUGGAUUCAACUAUCCCUGGGAUAGAAAAUACCAUCACAGUUACCACCGAGCAACUUACAACUGCAUCAUUUCCUGUUGGUUCCAAGAAGAAUAAAGGUGAAUCUCAUCUAAAUGUUCAAGUUAGCAACUUUAAGUCUGGAAAAGGAGAUCCUACACUUCAGGUUUCUUCAGGAUUGAAUGAAAACCUCACUAUAAAUGGAGGAGGCUGGAAUGAAAAGUCUAUAAAACUCUCCUCACAGAUAAGUGCAGGGGAGGAGAAGUGGAACUCUGUUUCACCUGCUUCUGCAGGCAAGAGGAAAACUGAGCCAUCUGCUUGGGGUCAAGACACUGGAGAUGCUAAUGUGAAUGGAAAAGACUGGGGAAGGAGUUGGAGUGACCGUUCAAUUUUUUCUGGCAUUGCUGCUUGGUCUAGUGUGGAUAGGGGAAUGAAUACCUCUGAACAGAAUUCUGCUUCUUUUGCAUCUCUCACACUUAACUCUGCUGUUCCUGGGUCUACUGCUGAGCCAGUUUCUCAGUCUACCACUUCUGAUUAUCAGUGGGAUGUUAGCCGUAAUCAGCCCUAUAUCGAUGAUGAAUGGUCUGGGUUAAAUGGUCUGUCUUCUGCUGAUCCCAGCUCUGAUUGGAACGCACCAGCAGAGGAGUGGGGGAAUUGGGUAGAUGAAGAACGAGCCCAGUUCCUGAAGUCCCAGGAGCCAAUUCCUGAUGAUCAAAAAGUUUCAGAUGAUGAUAAAGAAAAAGGAGAGGGUGCCCUUUCAACCGGGAAAUCUAAAAAGAAAAAGAAGAAAAAGAAGAAGCAAGGUGACGAUAACUCUCCUGCACAGGACCCAGAAGAAUUAGAAAAAGAGAUUAGAGAAGAGCCUCCAGUGAAUACCUCUAAAGUCCGUCCAAAACAGGAAAAAGCUUUUUCUUCAAAAACCAUAAGCACUAGUGAUCCAGCAGAAACACUCAUCAAAAAUAGCCAGCCUAUCAAGACUCUUCCACCUGCUGUUGCUACUGAGCCAUCUGUUAUUUUAUCAAAAAGUGAUUCUGACAAGAGCUCUUCCCAAGUAUUUACUAUCCUCCUAACUUUUCUCUCUCUCCUGUUUUUUUGUUUUGUUUUAAUUUUUGUUUUAUUUUCUCUUUCAGCCAAGUCUGAAACUAGCUGGGAAUCUCCAAAACAAAUAAAAAAGAAGAAAAAAGCCAGGCGGAGAAACGUGAAUUUUCUUUUCCUGAAUAGGACAUGUGUUUGCAGACACUGUCUUGAAGAUUAUGCUGUUUAUGCAAUAAUUUGUGAACAUGUACAGAGUUUUAUAUAAAUUUAAACCAAUUUUUAAGACAAAACUGUGAACACAACCACCAUAAAAAUGGAAUCAAAGGAAAGUUAAUUUAUGAAAUUAAGAGGUCAGCAGAAUAUAUAUACUACAUUGCUGGAAGACACUUGGGAAAGUCUUUUCAAUUUAAUGAGAACGUUCUUAAUUCAAGAAUAUUAUCCUGGUUUUACAACAGUGCCCUGUUUACAACAGAUUGUGCCCUAUUUCUUCUGCAGCUGAGGAAUAAAGGAUUCUGAUUAGAGAGAGGGUUGCCUACAAAUUCGUAGGCAACUUCUCGGACCUUAUGCACGGAACUUACACCAUUUGAAUCUGUUUUAUGCUUAAAUCAAAGUGCUUUGAUCAAAUGCAUAAUCUGCCAUAUCUUUACAUAUUUGUUGGUAGCAAUUUGUAUUAAAGGAAUCACAAGUGCAAAUAAAAAGUCAUUUUAUCAUUUAUUUAACUAAACUGUCAUGGUUUAGUUUACAAUUUUUAAAAAGUUCUUAAUUGAAAAUGCAGUUGACACUUAUGGCUUAUGAACUUAUUUUUGAUAGUCUUACAUUACUUGAAUUGUUCAAAGUACAGUAUAUUUUAAAUUAAGAAUGGUAAAGUGUAUGUCUUUGUUUUAUACUUUCAAAGAUGAGACUCAUAAAUAAUGCUCUUGUUUAUGAUUUGAAAACUUUCAAGCAAAAUGUAACUUACAUUUUUCCUUUCCCUAGCAAUUUUUUCCAGUGUCAUCUCUUCAUUGCUAACACUUUUUGACUAUAAAAAUGAAAUCUUUACAAACUAGUUCUACAGACAGAACUUUGAGUAUAUGAUGGAGAAUGGAAACCUAGAGUCAGACAGCUUUAAUUGACAUUGUCAAGACCUCCAGUUAUCAGGAAUACAUUUUUUACUGCCUUAACCUGUAGUGCGUAGAAUAUGCAUCAAUUUCUUGAAGGGGAUUCGUGUUUUUAUAAGAAUUUUUCCUGUAAUUAUUGCAAUCAUGGUCAAAUAAGGAAUGUUUCCUGCUUGAAACUAUUAAUUUAAAUGCUGUGGGAGCUGUUUCACCAUUUCAGGCACUGUGUAAUUCUAUUGUGAUAAACUGGCAGGUAUCUUUGUAACUAUAAAUAGUGCAUGCUCAGCCAUGUACACUGUAAAUAGCCUUUACCAAACGUGUUUGACAAGGACCAUAAUUAACAUCACUUAGUGAAUUGUGAUAAAGAAAAAAGCCAUGAUUUAUUUGAUGUGAUUGGCUUAAUUGUUUUUAUGUGGCGCCAAGAAAGAAACUGUUUAGCUGUAACCAAUGGUACUGAUCUAUCCAUCCAGCGUGUCUUUAUUCUCUUUGAUUGUGAUUUGAUAGUAUUGCAUUGUCAAUCUAGGAAAGCUAAAGAAACAAAAUGGUUUUAGUUUUGCUGAAGACUGGCCUUAUUAAUGGACAGCUUUCCUAACACACGAUUAUUAACUCUUAUCGGGUGUUAACAUCUGUUUCAGGAACACGGCAGUAUGUUUACAUGUCAGAAGUUUUGUUUAUGAUAUUUCUAAAUUGUUUUAAAUAAAUUCAGCAAAUGGA